AUGGUGUUGUACGGGUUGUUUGUGAAGGUAGAUGGUGAGCAUCUGAGUCACGUGGGGAUACCAGAUGACUUCACUUUUGCGGGCGACUUCUCCAGUGGUGGCAUUUGCAAAGAGAAGGUGACAUGGAACUUUGAUAGCGUGGAAGAAGGUGUUCGAGCCUUACAGAACCUUACCAUGUCUUUCGGAGGCAAAGCAAAGGCAACACUAAGCAUCGAAAAGCCCAACAAAGAAAUUGAACUGCCCAACUCCAGUGCAAGAUAUGGCAUAGCCAAAAGCAAUGCAGGCUGGAGUCUCAUUGCUAUCUUUGAACUCCGAGGCAUGGAACUUACUAAAGUCCAUCUGGAUCAAGUUAACAUCGUAAGCCAAGGAGGCACUGUUUGGACAGGCCGAGAUCCCGUGGAUUUUUGCGAGUACUGCGAGAAAUCGGGCAACGUCGUAACCAUCGAAUCAUUCGAGACCAAAGUGGAAACGAUUAAAGCCAAGAAAUGA